AUGCCGAAGACUAUCAAACACCCAAUCAGCUUUGUUGCUUUCCAACAGCGAGGUGAAAAUUGCCCCGGAAUUGGACACCUCGACACAGAAUCGCAAAACAUUCAACCCCUCAGCUUCAACUCCGGGAAAGCUGUUGAGAACUUGUAUCAGGUUAUUGUGGCGGGCGAACACACAUACUUAGCUGCUGGUCCAGUCUUACACGUUCAUGAUGUGAAGCUUCUGCCUCCUAUCUCAGGGAGAGAUAUCCUCGCAGUUGGCAAAAACUACAUCGAGCAUGCGAAGGAGUUCAACAGCUCGGGUUACGAUAGCUCUGAUAAGGUGGACUUGCCAAGCCAUCCUGUGAUUUUCACGAAGCGUGCCACUUCAAUCAUAGCGAAUGGAGAGGAACUGCAUAUUCACAAGGGAUUCACCGAGAGCGCUGAUUAUGAAGGUGAAAUUGGCGUGAUCAUCAGUAAACCAGGGUACAAAAUCCAAGAAGAUGAGGCUUGGAAUCACGUAUGGGGGUAUACCAUCAUCAACGACGUUACUGCCAGGGAACGGCAAAGAGACCACAAGCAGUUCUACAUCGGCAAAUCCGCAGAUACUUUCUGCCCAAUGGGCCCCAGUGCUGUACGAAAGGAGGACUUACCGGACUGGGGGCGGUCUUUGCGUUUGCGGACUCAUGUCAAUGGAGAACUUCGACAAGAUGCCACAGCCAAAGACCUAAUCUUCUCCAUCCCUCAUCUUAUCAGAACGCUGUCUGCGGGCCAGACGCUCCAGCCGGGUGAUGUCAUCGCUACGGGCACCCCUGCUGGUGUUGGCAUUGGCAAAGCCCCUCCGGUCUUCUUGAAACCCGGUGAUGAACUCGCCGUCACUAUCGCCGGCCUCGGUACUCUGAGAAACAGAGUCGCCGACCACUCGCAGAUCAAUCCCACUGAACAGAAGAUUCUGGAGCGAUCGAUGGAUCUGUUUCGCCUCGAUAACAGCGAGAAGUCAAAGCAAGCCCAAUUUGGCCUCAACAGGAGUAUUGGUCGCUUCGGGGCAGGUUACCAGCGACUUGGUGUUGGAAAAGACCCCAUCAUUCUCGUCCAUGGUCUUGGAGGCACCAAAGACUACUGGCUGCCGUUGAUAACUUCUCUGGAACUCGGGGACUCCGCCUCGGUACACGUGUAUGAUUUCGCAGGGCAUGGCCAUACACCGACACACCCUCUGGAGACCAUCACCGUCGAUUCACUUACUCAAGAUCUUUCGGGAGUCUUCAGUCUAGCUGAGGCGGACUCAGGCACAUCCCCUGCAACUCUGAUCGCCCACUCUCACGGGUGCUUGAUCGCCAUCAGUUACGCCCUCGCCCAUCCUGGACAUGUCCAAAGACUGAUCUUGUUCGGGCCACCCCCCUUGCCUCUCCAUUCCUCGAUCAAGGAUCAGUUGAUCAAUUUUGCGUCUCUCGCGAGAACUCAGGGCUUGUCCAAGAUUAUCGAGGAUGUAGUCGCGACCCAAGUGUCAGGUCAUACCAAGAAGACCAACCCCUUGGCAGUGGCUGCUGUACGACUCAGUCUCGCGGGUCAAGAUCCAGAGGCCUACGCCAAGGCAUGUUCGGCUUUUGCUUCGGCUGGUGUCCUUGGCCUCGAAGAGCUUGAUGCGGAAACCCUGCUGAUUACGGGACAAGAUGAUCCGGUAUCUUCACCAGCGGUAGUUGAAGACUACGUGCAGAAAAUCAAUGGUUCUCGCAAGGUUGUGUUACCAAACGUGGGUCACUGGCAUGUUUUCGAAGACUUUGCCGGUGCAGAUCAGAGUCUGCGAGAGUUUUUGUAA